AUGAGAGAACAAGCGGUCUUUCAUCUUGAGGAACAUGGUCAGACAGAGAGGUCCCAGUGGGUGCUUGAUUCUCCCAACCCACCCCCCCUUUGGAAGAAGCUAUUUAGUUCUGUCAAGGAAACCAUUCUGCCUCACGGGAACAAGUUUUGCUUCUCAUCAAAGAGGAAAACUUCCCAUGGACAGGCAAUCUCAUGCUUGCAGAAUCUGUUCCCAAUCAUUAGCUGGUUAAGAGAUUACAAAGCCUCCAAGUUCAAAGAUGACCUCUUAGCUGGCUUAACUCUUGCCAGCCUCAGCAUACCUCAGAGCAUAGGAUAUGCUACUUUAGCAAAAGUUGCUCCUGAAUAUGGCCUGUAUACCAGUGUCAUUCCUCCCCUUAUUUAUGCUCUGAUGGGGAGCUCAAGAGAAAUUGCAAUUGGACCUGUGGCUGUAGUGUCAAUGCUGCUAUCUUCUCUGGUUCCAAAAGUGGAAGAUCCUGUUGCCAAUCCUCAUGCCUACAGAAAUCUUGUCUUUACUGUAACUUUCUUCACUGGAAUUUUUCAAACUGCAUUUGGUGUUUUCAGGUUGGGUUUUCUUGUGGAUUUUCUUUCACAUGCUGCCCUAGUUGGAUUCAUGGCAGGUGCUGCCGUCAUUAUAGGUCUUCAGCAGCUCAAAGGUUUGCUGGGGAUUAGUCACUUCACCUCCAAAACAGAUGCAGUAUCAGUUUUAGCAUCUGUUUAUAAGUCACUACAUCAUCAAAUUGCCUCAGGAGAAAAAUGGAAUCCUAUGAAUUUUGUCCUCGGGUGUUCAUUCUUGAUUUUCAUUCUAAUUACCCGAUUUAUUGGCAGAAGAAACAGAAAGUUUUUCUGGUUGCCUGCUGUUUCUCCCCUUCUAUCAGUUAUACUAUCAACUUUAAUUGUAUAUUUGUCAAGAGCUGAUAAACAUGGGGUUAAUAUAAUAAAGCAUGUCAAAGGAGGUCUGAAUCCAAGUUCAUUGCACCAGUUGCAACUCCAUGGUCCACAUGUUGGUCAAGCAGCUAAAAUUGGUUUGAUUUGUGCAGUUAUUGCCCUCACUGAGGCUAUAGCCGUUGGUCGAUCUUUUGCUUCCAUUAAGGGAUACCAUCUUGAUGGGAACAAAGAAAUGUUAUCAAUGGGAUUCAUGAACAUUGCAGGAUCUUUGACUUCAUGCUAUGUAGCAACGGGUUCUUUCUCAAGGACUGCAGUCAAUUUUAGUGCUGGAUGUCAAACAGCAGUGUCAAAUAUUGUGAUGGCUGUUACAGUGUUUCUGUCCCUGGAAUUGUUGACAAGGCUCUUAUACUACACCCCUGUGGCUAUCCUUGCCUCAAUCAUCCUCUCUGCUCUUCCUGGACUGAUUGACCUAAGUGAGGCUUGCUAUAUUUGGAAGGUUGACAAGUUGGACUUUCUUGCCUGUAUUGGUGCUUUUCUUGGGGUCUUGUUUGCAACAGUAGAGAUUGGCCUUCUAGUUGCAGUGAUAAUAUCGUUUGCAAAGAUACUAAUACAAUCAAUUCGACCUGGAAUAGAAGUUCUAGGUAGAGUUCCAAGAACUGAAGCCUUCUGUGAUGUUACUCAAUAUCCCAUGGCCAUAAGCACUCCAGGCAUCAUAGUGAUUCGCAUUAGUUCUGGCUCACUCUGCUUUGCAAAUGCUAAUUUUGUCAGAGAAAGAAUACUCAAGUGGGUCUCGCAAGAUGAAGAUGACCUUAAAGAAACCACCAAGGGUCGGGUCCAAGCAGUAAUUCUGGACAUGACAAACCUGAUGAAUGUUGAUACUUCUGGAAUUCUAGCACUUGAGGAACUUCACAAGAGGUUGCUUUCCCGUGGAGUAGAAUUAGCUAUGGUGAACCCAAGGUGGCUAGUAAUCCACAAGCUUAAGCUUGCACACUUUGUAGACAAGAUUGGAAAAGAAUGGGUUUUCCUUACUGUUGGAGAAGCCGUAGAUGCAUGCCUCGCUGCCAAAAUUGCAAGAGCCUGA